AUGGAGGGCCUAUCAAGAUUGCUCAAAGCGAGGUAUGAGGCUGGAAGUAUAGGGUAUCACCCAGGUACUGAGAAUCUAAAGGUUUCUCAUCUUAUGUUCGCGGACGACGUUAUGGUAUUUUUCGAUGGUAGCAGUAGUAGUUGGCAUGGUAUCACCGAAUGGCUUGAUGAUUUUGCUUCCUGGUCAGAGCUUCAUAUCAACGCCUCAAAAACAGAGUUGUUCACCACGGGCCUUAAGGAUAGUGAGUCAACUGUCAUUGAGAGAUAUGGAUUUGUCUCUGGUAAAUUCCCUAUCAGGUAUCUUGGGCUUCCUCUCAUGAGCCGGAAGCUUAAGAUCUCUGAGUAUGCUCCCUUGAUGACUAGAAUCACACAGAGCUUCCAGUCCUGGUCGAUUAAGCUUGUUUCUUUUGCAGGAAGAUUACAACUGCUGAAAACAGUCAUCUUUGGUAUUGUUAACUUCUGGACUUCCGCUUUCAUGCUUCCCAAGGGUUGUAUAAAGAACAUCGAGACUCUGAGCUCUAGAUUUCUAUGGACUGGAAACAUUGAUAAGCGAGCUCCCUCCCUAUGGGCUGAUUGGCACCGGAACACACACUUACAAGAUAAAUCCUUCUGGUCUAUUGAGCCUUCACAAUCUGACUCAUGGGCCUGGAAAAGAUUGCUCAAGCUUCGCCCGCUUGCUCUUCAGUUCUGUAAAACCUCUAUAGGAAAUGGGCUGUCAGCUAGCUUUUGGUUUGAUGUUUGGUCCCCGCUGGGCGAGCUUAUAAAUUAUAUUGGAGAUUCAGGGCCGAGAGCUCUUCGUAUCAGAAGAGAUGCAGUUGUUGUUGAUGCCAUACAUGGUUCUUCCUGGUCUCUACCGCAUCCAAGAUCUGAGCAGGAAGUGGAUCUGCACUCUUAUAUUACUACUAUCUCUCUGCCUCUUACCCCUGAUAUUUAUGAAAGGGUUGCUGGUGAUUCUUCUUCUCGUUUUUUCAGGUCGUCAACCACAUGGGAAAUGCUCAGGCCUAGGCAGGAGGAGGUCGACUGGUGCGAUGUGGUUUGGUUCAAGGGAGCAAUCCCCAACCACUCAUUUACAAUGUGA